UCACAACAAAAAAAUUUUAGUGAAACCGAACCAAAAUUAGUAAAAUAUUGUUUUUUAUAUUGAUAAUGGCCAAAAAUACUUCCAGUUCUGCUUUUCGUAAAAUCGAUAUCGAUCAAUACAAUGAAGACAAUUUCCGAGAAGAUGAAGCAGAGCAAUCUAUACCAACUGGACCCGAUGAAGCCGAAGUUUGCGCUUUACUCAAUCAAGGACGAUACAUUGAUGCCCUCAAAAAUGUACUCAACAAUGCUCCACUUGGCUCUUCCAAUCAAGUAGUCAAAGAUAGUGCACUGACACUUACAUUAAAAGUCCUUCUUGCUAUAAAAUCUGCCCAAAUAGAAGAAGCUGUGGGUAGUCUCUCCUUGGACGACAUCGAUAUUCUCAUGAAGUAUAUUUAUAGAGGCUUUGAAUACCCAACCGAAGGUUCCAGCGGACAUCUUUUACUGUGGCAUGAAAAAGCUUUUAAUGUUGGUGGAUCGGGUUCUAUUGUAAGAGUACUUUCCGAUAGAUUGAAAGUAUAAAUAUAUCAAUUAAAUACACAAAUAUAACUGUUUUUUAAAUAAUUUUAAUGUAUUAUAAUAUUUUAAUCUUUACCA